GAAGUGGGGUUCGGACAAGUCCCUCGGAGUGAGUGUGAUGCUGCAGCGCCGGAGGAUGGUGUGGCUGCAUCACAAGCGCAAACUGCAGUACCAGAUCAUGUGUCGGGUGCACAAGCAACUGGCAUCCCCCGACGAUGUGUACGAGCAGCAUGAACAGCGAUUCCUGGGGCUGCUGCAAAAGCUGCUGGACAUCCGUAAGAGUCUGGAGCACUACCGCACGAUGGCGCUCCCACUGUACUGCGCUUCAUGUGCCAGUCUUGGUGCGGACGUGUGGUGUGUUGUAAGUGUGGAUGCUGUUGGCAAGGGAGCUGACGCGGAGAAGUUUCGACAUGCCAUGUGCGCUAUCAACGAGACCAAGGAGGCCAAAAAACACUUUUUCAACGCGGACGCUGUAUUGUCCGGUGCCGUGCGCUUUUUGGAGAUUCACAUCAACGCAAUGAAGUCGGUGCAGUCGCAGAUUUCCUAUCGCAAAGCCAUCAAGCUCGAGUUCGACCGAUAUGAACAGAAGCUCAACAAGCUGCGGAAACAAAAAGAUUCCGGGAAGUCUUCGCAGCGGUUGGAGCGCAACGAACAAAAGCUACACAAGGCUCGGGCGGCGCUGCAAACUGUGACGUUCGACCUCUAUCGCGUGUUUGCCAAAUACGAGAGCGAGCGGGAUGCCAUGCUUAACGGCGAGCUGGAAAUGGUGCGACAGGUGAUGCACAAUUUCUAUGCCAAGAACGCCGACGCUACGAACUUCUCCAUUUUAAGUGAGGUGGACCGCAUCGUAGUGGACGCUCGAGCUGAACAUUUUUUCAAGAGCAUGGUAGAUAAAGAGGUAGAGCAGGACGCUCUCAAACUGCUUCCUCCAAGCAGCGUCAGUGAUAAUGCGCCUCCAGCAAGGGCCCUCGCACCUGAUGGCGCUCCAUCUAGUCCUACUGCUCUCGUGUCAACCAAAUCGGCUGCAACAGUGCUGAGUUCAUUACCUUCUGGUAGUCCCAGCGGGGAGAAGCAGACUCCAACGCACUCGACAAAUUCGAGUUCAGGUCCUGAGCACGAACGCACUGAAGAGGACGAUCUGACCGAGAAGCUUAGGACCAUUCAGCUCUCACGGCCGUCGAUUCAACCUGUGAAGGUCUAUCGCAUUGGAAGACCCGCACCAACCCCCGAGUAAAUAUUAAGUCUGACGAAAUGAGAAAUUCCUUGGGACGAGUAA